UCCGCUUCUCCUUGGGAACAGAGAGACGCGGAGAAAAGGCAGAAGAGUUGUCGCAGGCAGCAGUUCACAGGCAAAAUGGCUGAAGUUGAGGAAACACUGAAGAGGAUUGAAGCACAUAAAGGUGUGAUUGGGACAAUAGUUGUCAAUGCAGAAGGUAUUCCCAUCAGAACAACUUUAGAUAACUCCACAACUGUACAGUAUGCAGGACUCCUUCGCCACCUCACGAUGAAGGCCAGGAGCACAGUGAGGGAUAUUGACCCUCAGAAUGACCUCACCUUCCUCCGCAUCCGCUCCAAGAAACAUGAGAUCUUGGUUGCACCAGAAAAUGACUUUCUGCUGAUAGUCAUCCAGAACCCAUGUGAAUAGCUGCUGGACAUUUCCAUGAGAGUCAGCCAUUAAUUUGUCACAUGCAGUUGCUUUAUCCAGGCAAAAUAUCUUUUCUCCUGGUUAAAUAGCUCCAUAUUCUGCAUAACCUCUCUUUUUCUACUUGGAACUCAAAUAUGUCGCCUUAAUCUAUGUUUUCUGUUUAGCCGUAUUUCUUACAGUUCAUGUCUUUGUGUUGAUAUUGAAUAAGUCUGUGAAAUAAAGCUGCUCGUAAUCACACGGUACUUA